AUGAGCAGUCGCUUCUAUUUUGGCGGGUCUGACUCGGGCUCAGACGUCGACGACAGUGAUGCCUCCCUUCCCUUCCCCAAACCAUUGGAGCGAUCUGCGUUCCUCGCCCCCGACUUUGACGCCACAGCCUUUUUAUCCAGUCUGUCGAAUCGUUUCCAGACUCUUGAAGACCUGCAGGCCGAGCUGCGCGAAUUGAGUCAGACUCUCAACAAGGAGCUCGUCGACCUCGUCAAUGACAACUAUCAGGAUUUCCUGGAACUAGGAAGCACGCUGUAUGGGGGCGAAGAGAAGAUCGAGGAUAUCCGACUGGGGCUGUUGGGGUUUGAAAGAGAUAUCAAAGCAGUUAGAGACAAAGUCGACGCAAGAAGGAACGAGGUCGCGGAACUAUUAAGACAGAAAAGAGCUCUGAGGCAAGAAACGAGCGUUGGGCAGGCAUUACUCGAAGUUGCCGAGCGUUUAGAUCUGCUGGAAGAGAAGCUCAAAAUCUCAACACCUACGGCAUCCGCGACCAAGAGCAAAGGCCAACUCAAAGAUGGCGGUGGUGAGGCGUGGAGCGACGAAUGGAUCGAAGAGACGGCCACCAACGAAAGCGACGAGGAGUACAACUCGGACGAGGUUACUGGGGUCCCUCCAAGACUGAGGCGAAGGACUGAAGAAUUUCUCAUCUUGAAACAUCUGGCGAGCAAGCACAGUCCGCAGCAUCCUUUCCUCUUGGCCCAAGAAGGGCGAAUGCGCAAGAUCCAGGAAGUCUUACUGACCGACCUCGAAAUGACCAUCAAACAGCAAACCGAGGUCAAGAACAAGCAACAAUUGUUGCAAAUACGUGGGGCAAUUGAAGAUUGA